AUGGAAUGGUGUAACCAGAGCACUUCAAUCAAAUAUCUUUUCAAAUACAUUAGCAAAUGCUAUGACAGAAUAACAGCUUCGGUGUCAACCAACAACAAUGAACCGGUUGAUGAAAUAAAACAAUACUUAGAUUGCAGAUAUAUCUCACCAUGUGAAGCAUGCUGGAGAAUUUACUCCUUUCACAUUCAUGGUAGAAGACCGGCAGUUGAACGUAUGUUUUAUCACUUGGUAGGUGAAAAGGCUGUUUACUACACUGAUCACGAUCGAAUGGAAAAUGUUUUGGAGAGUGCAAGUGUUACUGAUUCCAUGUUUACUGGUUGGCUAUCUGCAAACUCAAAGUAUACUGAGGCACAGUCACUCACUUAUGGUCAAUUUGUAUCUAAGUUUGUUUACCACAAAAAAGAAAGGGAGUGGAGGCCCCGCAAAAAGGGAUUCACCAUUGGGAGAUUGAUAUGGGUUCCACCAACAACAGGUGAACUUUUUUACCUGCGGAUGAUGUUGACGGUAGUCAAGGGACCAAAAAGUUAUGAAGAAAUUCGCAAGGUCGGUAAUACCCAGUAUGAAACAUUUAGAGAUGCAUGCUUUGCCAUGGGAUUUCUGGAAGAUGACAAAGAAUAUAUUGGUGCACUUAAAGAGGCCAGUGAAUGGGGCUCUGGACAUUUUGUCCGAAAACUAUUUGUGGUGAUGCUAUUGUCAGGUGCUGUUAAUCGCCCAGCACACGUUUGGAAGGAAUCAUGGCAGCUGUUAUCUGAUGGUGUCCUACAUGCUCAAAGGCAAUUGGCUUUAAAUACAGGUAAUAGACUGAUAUAUGACGAACGCAAUUAUAACAUUGCCAAAACAAAGACAGAAUUCACAAAUCUCUUUCGUGGACUUACAGUUAUGCUAUUGAAGAAAACCAAUUUUGUGAAAGACCUUACUGAUAACCUUGACCCAGAUGAACAGACAGCUAUGUAUCAAAAAAUAAUGCGCGCAGUUGAGUCUCAGAAUGGUGCAGUCUUCUUCCUACAUGGUUACGGUGGAACCGGUAAGACAUAUAUGUGGAGAACACUGGCAGCAACAUUAAGGUCGAAGCAUGAUAUAUGUCUGACAGUCGCAACCAGUGGUAUAGCGUCAUUAUUGUUGCCAGGAGGUCGAACUGCACAUUCAAAAUUUAAGAUACCAGUGCCAACCCUGGAUAAUUCUACUUGCAAAAUUGAGUACAAUGAUGAUGUGGGAGACCUUCUUAGACAAACUAAACUAAUUAUUUGGGAUGAGGCUCCAAUGGCAUACAAGCAUACUUUUGAAGCACUUGAUAGAAUGCUCAGAGACGUAAUGUCUAAAUACGGUAACUCAAAGGAGAUGUUUGGUGGAAAAGUUGUUGUGUUUGGAGGUGAUUUCAGGCAUAUUUUACCUGUUGUCCCUCGAGGAAGCCGUUCGGAUAUUGUACAUUCUGCCAUAAAUGCGUCUUACAUAUGGAAUUCUGUUCAAGUGUUAACAUUAACCAAAAACAUGCGCCUGCAAUCUGGUCCGACCGAAGAUGAUAAAAAUGAAAUGCAACAGUUUUCUGAAUGGUUGUUAAGAAUUGGCGAAGGAAAAGUAUCUGAGCCCAAUGACGGUGUGACAGAUUUUGAAAUUCCACCUGACCUGUUGAUAACACAGUUCGAAGACCCGAUCGUCGCCAUUGUUGAUGCUACAUAUCCUGACUUUAUUCACAAUUUUCAUUCAAUCCAAUACCUUAAGGGUCGAGCAAUUCUGGCUUCAACAUUAGAAAUUGUGGAACAAAUAAACAAUCAUAUCCUGGACUUAAUCCCAGGAGACAUGCGGGAUUACUACAGCUCCAAUAUUGUUGAUAAGUCCGAAAUCAAUGACGACACAGUGGUAAAUAUCCUAACUCCAGAAUUUCUCAGUUCCCUCCGUACAUCUGGUUUGCCUACCCAUCAUUUAAAGUUAAAGGUUGGAACACCUAUUAUGCUCAUGAGGAAUAUUGACCAGUCAGAAGGACUAUGUAAUGGAACAAGGUUGAUAGUAACAAAAUUGGGGACACAUGUUAUUGAAGCUUCGAUAAUAGCUGGAAAGAACUGUGGCAAUCAGGUGUACAUCCCACGAAUGGAUAUGUCACCUUCCCAAUCCCCAUGGCCGUUCAAGCUCAACAGAAGACAGUUCCCCAUUAUAGUGUCAUAUGCCAUGACAAUUAACAAAUCCCAAGGACAGUCUUUGGAUACUGUUGGUCUAUACCUACCAAGGGAUGUUUUUACACAUGGACAAAUAUAUGUUGCACUAUCAAGAGUGACAACAAAACAAGGAAUCAAGAUAUUAAUACAUGAUCAACAUGUAAAAGUUAAAACAACAACUACAAAUGUAGUUUACAAGGAGAUCUUCGACAAUAUAUAA